AUGGAAGGUUAUUAUGAUGCCACCAUUUUCCAUCGAGUAGUGAAAAAUUUCAUUGUCCAAGGUGGAGAUCCUGAAGGUACUGGACAUGGAGGUGAAUCAAUCUAUGGAUAUCCAUUCAAAGAUGAAUUUCAUUCACGUUUACGUUUUGUGCGGCGUGGGCUAGUUGCUAUGGCAAAUGCUGGUCCCAAUGACAAUGGGAGCCAGUUCUUCUUCACAAUGGAUUCCACUCCAGAACUUUCUAACAAACACACUAUAUUUGGCAAAGUGGGUGGAAAUACUCUGUACAAUAUGCUUAAAUUGCAAGAAGUGGAUGUUGGCCCAAAUGACAGACCUUAUUAUCCUGUCAAAAUCCUUUCAACAGAAGUGUUAUCGAAUCCUUUUGAUGACAUUGUACCUCGACAGUUAAAACGAGUUGUGAAAAAGGACAAAGUUGAAGAGAGAAAAAAUAAAAGUCAGUCAAAAGCCACAAAAAAUUUCAGUCUGUUAUCAUUUGGAGAAGAAGCUGAAGAAGAUGAAGUUGAAGUCGAUAAAGCUUCAAAGGAUAUGCGUGGAAAAAGUAAAAGUAGCCAUGAUUUGACAGAUGAUCCCAAAUUGAGUGCUAUUCCUGCCAUUGAAUCAGAAGGUGAAGAGAAGACAACAAAUGACGAAGAAGAACAGGCAGAAGAGUCAGACAGCAAAUCUGGAAAAAUGGAAGAUUCUCCACAAACCAAGAAAAGGAAGUGUGAAGAACAAGAUGAAGAUGUUCCUUCAAAAUGGUUAAAAGAUUCCAGCCUCUCAAAUCAGGAUGAAAAUGUAUCAGAACAGAAACUCAGUCGAAGUGAGGAGCUUCGAUUGGAAGCAGAAAAACUGAAAAAAGAAAUCCGUAAUUCCCGGCAAGGAACAACAGCAGAGAAAGAAGAAAGAGAACAAACUGAACAUGGAACUAAAACUGAAGUUGUGGCAGAAUUUCGAAAGGAACGUGAAAAAUACAAGGAGAUGAAACGACAACAAGGUAAAAAGGGAUCAGGUCGAGAGGCUCUAACAUUGGAACUUCUGUCCAAGUUCCAGAAUCGUCUUCGUGCAGCUCAGAUGGUUAGUGGAAGCUAUUCUGACAAUGAUGAUGAGGAGGAAGAGGAGGCUGAAGAAGAUUUAAAGGAAGGAGAAACUCCUGAAGUGGAUGAGAUAAGUGAUUUAUCAUGGUUACGACAUAAAUUGCAUUUUGUGGAACCUGACAAGAAAGUAUUGGAUGCCAACGUACAUGAUAUUGACAGAUAUGAAUUGUUUGAUCCUCGCAAUCCUUUGAACAAACGGCGUAGAGAAGUGAGCAAACAAGCACUAAGAGAAAAGUAA